UUCUCUUCAGUCUCUCUCUCUCUGUCACGCAGGAGUCGUCGUCGUCUUGCUUCUCUCUCUCUCUCUCUCUCUCUCUCUCUCUUCCUUAAUGGUUUCUGGGAAAUGUUGUUUCCGAUCUAGUUGACCUUCUUUGAUCCUAUCGUGUCUUCAAAGAGUGAGUGAAAGAUGAAGUCUUUUCGUCUAAUUUAGGACCGAUUCGUUUCCACACAGUAGCCGGCAGCCACUUCUUGUCAAAAAGUAAGGACUAAGGAGAGAAUGUCAAUGCAAAAUGGAUCUAAAAGGAGUUCGCCUAGCAUUAUAGCAAGAUUGAUGGGUCUUGAUGGUCUCCCUCCUCCUCACAUACAACUCAAGCCUGCGGAGAAUCAACAUCGCAGGAGGACGAUAUCAUCUGAUAAAGCUCGCGGGAAGCAAACAUAUGGUGUUGAUCAUGGAUCCCUUAGGAAGGGGUCAAUAGAUGAGCAGAGAUUCAAAGACGUCUUUGAAGUUGUUUUGGACGCAGCAGAUGAAGGGAAGGGGAGUACAAGUUUGUAUCAGAGGAGGAGUGUGAAUGCUAAUAAUAAUAAUCUAACUGAGGCAGAGAUGGACUUUAUACGCCACAAGUUCAUGGAGUCUAAGCGUCUAUCUUCUCACGAGAAACUCCGUUAUUCUAAAGAGUUCAUGAAGUUCUCCAACAACAAAAACCAUGUAGACAAUUUGGAAACUCUCAAGGUGGACAGAGAGUUCUUAGGGAAGAGUAGUCACAUAUCACCACCUCAAUGGCAUCAUGGUGAUGGUGUUGACGAGCUGUCAAAGAAGCAGUGGAAAAAGACAAGUGGUUUGAAACCAACUGAGAUUGUUGUUCUCAAACCUAAUCUUGGUAAGCCACAGACUUGUGCUACAACUCUUCCAUCACAGGCUGAGGCCAGGGAAGAUCUCAGGCUUCCAUGCACCAGCAACCCUAAAGGUAAUGAAGAUGUCUUUCUUUUAGGAAACAAGUCAAGAGACUCCAGAGAGAUUGCCAGAAUAGUAUCUAGACAGUUGAAGACGAGUUGUGGCAACGAGUGUUCCACAAACUUUGAUUUGACAAGGUUUAGAGGUUACACAGAGGAUGAAAGCUCAUCAUCCGGGAGUUGUGAUUCUUCAAGAGCAAGAACUGGCUUUAGCCGCAAGAACCACAGACGGUCUCUGUCUUCCAGGUCACCGGAGUCUGCGAGUAAGGAGGCCAUGAGGAGAAUGUCCGAGAGGUGGAAGCUGGCACACAGUUCCGAGAGAGAGAUAGAGAUUAGAAGAAGAAACACAUUGGCUGAUAUGCUUGCAACUUCAGAUAGAGAAGCGAGACUAGCAAGUAAAAGGCUUGAGAGACAGGCUGAGUUGCAAGAUCCCAUUGGAAUUAGUAGUAGAGAUGGUUGGAAAGACACUGGCAGAAGAAACUUUUCAAAAUCCAGAAUGAUCAUGCAUAAGGAAAGAACUUGUAGUCACACGAUUGUGCUUCCUAAGAAGCUAACCACGCGAGAUGGAUUAGUGAAGGGGAGUGCUUCUCACAACUAUCAUUUUUCAGACAGUAGCUCCUCAGAGAUCAACAGAGCAAGUUCAAGUAAAAGUCUAAAAACACAGAGCAGCUUAUCAGUAGUUCAUGCGGAGUCAGACACUGAGAGUGUUUCAGAAGACUAUGAGGAUGCCAAGAGUAGUACUCCAUCCUUAGAACCACUCGAUUCGUCAGCAGUUACCUCGUUAACUCACAAUGAUAUAUCAGGCAGGCAAACCGAAGAAGCCGAUCAUUGUUAUGUCCCUCAACCACAGCCUCAGGAGAGUGCAGAGGAAGGAGAUCAACCAAGUCCACAAACUUCUUCACACGAUGAGUUUUCAUCUAACUCUGAGUGCUUUGAGAGUCUUAGCGCUGAUCUCCAAGGGCUCAGAAUGAAACUUGAGCUCCUCAAACGCGAGUCAGAUACUUACACUGAAGGAGACAUGAUCGUUUCAAGUGAAGAAGACGCAGAUCAAGAGGUAUCAUCCAUAGCAACAGAUGAGAUAAUGAUCACUCAUGAGCUACAAGAAGACUGGAAGUCUCUGUACUUGGGUGAUAUCUUGGCAAACUCCAGGUUCAGUGACUUGAACCCGACAAGCUUCUUGGCGUCAUGGCACUCUUCUGAAUCACCUCUAGAUCCAUCCUUGUUUGAUGAUCUUGAGAAGAAGUACUCCGGUCUGAAAACCUCAACCCGGGUAAAAAGGAAGUUUGUGUUUGAUAGGAUCAACAGUGAGAUUCUCGAGUUAUUCGAGCAGUUAACUGAUUUCAAACCCACAAAGGUCUACCCAAUAUGGGAUAUAAGCAGGAUAUAUGAAACGCUGCCAGAGGUCGUGACUAGAAAACACAUGAAAGAAAGGAGAUUGAAGGAGUUGCAGUUGCCAAACUUGGAAGAUAGCAUUGAAGUGAUAGGUAAGGAGAUUGAAGAGAUGUUGACAGAUGAACUCAUAGCAGAGCUAGUAGUGAUAAGAGAUUGUCUUAGAUAAGUUACAUAAUAUCUAUCACUUUAUACUAAAACAUUUGUGAAACAAAAUGCAAACGUUUAAAUUAUCAUAAUUCAUAAAGAUUGAGGUUGGAUA